AUGAAAUCAAUAUCAAGUAAAGUUGAACGAAACAAUGCCAACCGAAAAACGUGCUGUAAAAGUAAAGACGAUCAAUCAUCAAAAUUUUAUAAUAUUAUUCCUCAUGAUUUUGGAAAAACACGAUCUAAAUCAAUUGAUAAUCCUGAAGCUUUACAACAAAAAUAUGAUAUGCUUGCAAUUUUAGAUAAUGUUGAAUUAGCUUCAAGUAUUCGACACGAUAAAGAUAAGUAA